GCUGGCAGGGGGAGGCUGCCCAUUGGCCGCCCGCCCUCACGUGGCCCCCGCCCGACUGUACAUUCAUAUCAUUUCUCCUCCUGGGCCCCCAUGGAGGGAGUGGGAAAGUUGGCACCGUCACCCAGGACUCGGAAGAGCCGGUCAACCGGGUGAUAGAUGGACACGGCGGCCAGGAUGAGCGCCUUCCUCGACUAUCCGCCCCUGAUCAGCGGAGACUCCGCCACUUGCUCCUCCCGUGCCUACCAGCCCCACCACCACCACCACCACCACCAUCACCACCCAGAGCAUGGCAUCACGGCCAGCACCAGCUUCCAAUCCUGCGCGGUCAGGGCCAACAGCUGCAGCGGGGAAGACCGCUUCCUGGUGGGCCGGGGGGUCCCGAUAAGCCCCCACCACCCCCACCACCAGACUGGGGCCGCCUACCAGCCUCACCCCCCUCUGGGGAUGCCCUACUCGCACCCCAGCUGUGGGCCGGACUAUGGGGCUCAGAACUUCGGCGCCGCCGGGGGCUACGGGCCCCACUACCCGCUCAGCCAAGAGGCCGAGAUGAAUGGGGGCUACCCCCAAUGCGCCCCCGGCCUCUACUCCGGAAACGCCUCCUCCUCCUCCAUGGUCCAGCACCCGCAGGGCUACGCCGGGGCCACGGUGAGCUCUUCGGCCUCCUACAUCCACCCUCCUUACGGCGAAGACCAGCAGAGCUUGGCCCUCACCGGUUACAGCCACCCCUUGUCUCCUCUCCACCCCAACCACCAGGAACCCUGUGGCUCCCCAUCGUCGGAGACCUCUCCUCCGGCCCAGACUUUCGACUGGAUGAAAGUGAAGAGGAACCCCCCCAAAACAGGGAAAGCAGGCGAGUACGGCUACGUAGGCCAGCCCAACACGGUGCGCACCAACUUCACCACCAAGCAGCUGACCGAACUGGAGAAAGAGUUCCACUUCAACAAAUACUUAACCCGGGCCCGGCGGGUGGAGAUCGCGGCCUCCUUGCAGCUGAACGAGACCCAGGUCAAGAUCUGGUUCCAGAACCGGAGGAUGAAACAGAAAAAGAGGGAGAAAGAGGGCUUGCUGCCCAUCUCGCCUGCCACCCCGACAGGGAGCGAGGAAAAAACGGAGGAGUCCUCGGAAAAAUCCAGCCCAUCCCCUUGCACCCCUUCCCCAGCCUCCUCUACCUCAGACACUCUGGCUACCUCCAAUUGAACUAAGCACCCUCCACUCCCCGAUCCCCUAAGGCACAAUCGAAGGGUCAUUUUUAUAUUGUGUUUGAACUGUUUCUUUAAAAAAUCUACCUAGUAUUUCCCCACAACUCAUCCCUAGUUUGGUCCCAGGUAGCUUCUGUCCCGACUGGCCCUAAGCUGGUAUUGGGGAGAAGCAAGCCCCGCUCCUGAUCCUGAACCUCUUCAAUCUGGAAGGAAGUCUACUUGAUUUUUAAAGGACCUGCCUUCCAAAUUCGAGCAAAAUUUAGCUUCUUCUAAAAGCCAAGGAAAGCGAUGGGGUGGGGUUUAGUUAUGGUUGGUCUGUAGACCAAGAAUUUUGGAUUGCAGCGCUAACAGGUUCCAAGGUGGUACCCACAGUCCCCCUGAUUCAGCCUAACUCUUCCUCCCUCGGUUCUAAAGGCGAGGUUUUGUUUAUCCGUUUUCCUCUAUUGACCCUGUCUGGGAACAAUCAUAGACUCGAAUUGCCAAGGACAGUCUUUGCAGUAGCGAAGACCCAGAAGACACCCAAAUAAAUGUCCUCCCGAAGAGAUAGAUGCACUAUUCAAAAGCGUUUACACGAGUUCUAAGACUUUCCUCCUUUUAAUUUAAACGUCUCCGUUUGUUUUUGUGUGUAUGUGUGUAUGCGUUUGUGGGUUGUAAAUAUUUUGUCCAAGAGAUUUAUCUUUUUACGGAUUUUCUAGAGAUGUUUAGAUAAUGAGCUUAAACAGGGUGGUUGCAUUCUCACAACUUUUGCUUCGGCUUUUAUAAAUGAAAAGUGAGGAUGUCGCUAAUGCGAAACGUGUUCAACUCAAUCAGAUACCUCAAAAAAAUAAUAAUCACGGACUGGUGGACUUUUCUUUAAGAGAGUGGUUAGAAAAGGACGUCGAAAUUGCACUAGGUUUUGUUUGAUAAAUCAACCUGGCUUGUGAGCAUCUGUCUUUCCCCUCUUAACCUUUCCUUUCCCAAAAUAUGUGUUGGGUUAUUCCCAACCUAAUAUUAUCACCAAGAGGUGUGGGGGGGGUUUUUUUUGGGGGGGGGGGGAAGGAGUGGGAGACGGAAAAAACAUGCCCCCUUUCUUCUACCUGCACCCGGCCUUAGACUUGAAGUCUUUUCAGCCCAAAACUCCGGAAUGUGAUGGAUGGCCAAAUGAAUGUAUAUUUUAUGUGAUUCGUGUCUGGAACUUUGCAUGAUGCACAGAGCUUUGAUGUACUAAGUUAACUUAACACUGAGUUCUAUCAGUUGUCAUUUGUGAUGGAGUACUACUUUCUGGUUCUUUCUGUACAAUCAUUGGAGGUUCUGGGAUUCCGUGGGGAGAGGGGUGGGAGCGGAUGGAAUCCAGAGCAGAAUUUUACGGGUCCUACAAA